CUGAUGCGUAAGCCUCAUUGAGUUCUGAUUAAUGAAUGUGACUGAUUAUGUGGUCUAGUAUAGAUUAAGUAUAGUGUAAAGAGAGAAACACACUUAGAAAGAAGAAAAGAAAGAAGAAAAAAAGAUGGGAAAGAAAGAAAGACGAAGAUACGAAGAAGAAAGAGGAAGGAUGGAAAAAGAAGGAAGGAAGAUAGAAAAAGGAAAGAAGUAAGAAAAGGCUAAAGAAAAGAAAAAAAUACAGUGAAGUGAACAUACAGAACAAACUGCUCUAGUAAUAUAUGAGUAAAGUAAUUAUUGCUCUCUCUCUUACUAUCCAGAGACUUCUAUCAACAUUAUACGUGGCUUAAGGUAUGUGUGUAUUCAGUUAAUCAUUGUUUAAAGGUUUUACAAUUUAAAUGCAGUUAGUCAUGAAAAAGGCUGCUUUAAAUUGAAUAAAAUACUAAAUGAUAGAUAGAAGGAUAGUUCUGUACCAAUAAAAUAAGAUAUUAGUACUAAGUUCAGACCUACACACACCGAUUAUUUACCAGACUCUGAGGUCAAAUUAGUGUGACAGAUGUCCUCUAUAAAUAGAAAUAAAUACAGGAAGUUACUAGGAACACUGAUAAGUAAAUCAAAGUAGACUGCAAUAUUUAUUCUGUGAACUGUGCUAAUUGAAGUCAUUGCUGUGUGGAGGAGGUGUUUGUACAUCUGAAGAUGUCAAACAUAUGGCAGCCACGUUUCACAACAUUCUCUCAUGAAACAUUAUCAACUACGACAUUUACAAAAGAUGUGACCCCUUGGGCUUCAACUACCCUUAGUUCUCUACAAGAAAACAUCACAGAGAAAAUCCGAGCAUCUUAACUUGAAAACUUUCAAUACAUUACUUCCCAUGGUUGUUCUUCUAGCUGUGCUUAUUGCUGCUGGGGUCAGUGGCAACCUUCUUGUCUUCCUCGUGUAUCUCAAACAGUUCAAGGCCAGCUCCACCCGAGUGUUCGUCCUGGAGAUGUCCGUCUGCGAUUUUCUGACCAACGUCUCCACGUUGCCCUUGUUGAUUGUGGACAUGAGAUACCGCUACACAAGAGAUGGCCAUUACUGUCGAACUAUGUGGUUUCUGGGGACUUUUCCAGUUCUCAUGUCUUACCUGACUCUCGUCUGCGUCGCUCUCGAUCGUCGUCGUCGAAUCUGCCAGGUUCACAAACGACAACUCAGCGCGCGACAAGCGGCUUACCUGUUGAUUGUGCCGUUCACUCUGACCUUUGCCCUCGUGUUUCCCUUCACAUUUUUCUACGAUGCAGUGCCUCUGCUUGACAACCAUCUCAGAAAAACCUGUUGGUUUACACAUACGGUUUGGGAAAACGCGAGUUGGGUUGUUGGCCUUCUACUCAUGGGCUACUUCAUUGUGGGAUUCGUGCUGCUGACAGCCUCGUAUUCACACAUCUCGUAUCAAAGUUACCAGCAGAAAAAGUGGCUUCUCACUGGAAAUGCAAACAUUGUUGAUUCAGUGAAAAAUAUGUCAGAAAGUACUUUCGUCUGUUAUCUUGAACCCGAAGAGUACACAAAAUUGUCUGUGCGGGAAGAAAGUGCUGGAAUCGGAACAGAACCACCAAAAAGGAAAAGUAAAAAAGAAACUCGCUUCAUUUCACACGAUGCAAAGAACAAACCCACGUCCUGUGAACGCAAGUCUAGUCUAGAAGAUAAUAUUAACACACACGAAAGGCAAUACUUCCCGAUGGAAGCUGAGGGUCCCGGAUGUUCAUAUCCAGCAGACAUCAUAGACAUUGACUGCAAGGCAAAAGAGAUUCAAAAGUUAUCUUUUUCACGUGCGAUUUCUCCCUCGAAGUUAACACAGCCCCAAGUCUACAGUCCUUAACAGUAACAUCUCUCGAUAAUCCAAACACAACACAGCCAGCC